AUGGAUCCUGAACAAAGCAUCAAGGGUACCAAGAAGACAGAGGGAAGUCCCCGGAAGCGACUGACCAAGGGAGAGGCCAUUCAGACCAGUGUUUCCUCUAGUACCCCAUAUGCAGGUGGUGGGACAGCUGCCACCCAGGAGAGCGCCCCCCAGGAGCUCCUAGCCCCGCAGCCCUUCCCAGGCCCCUCAUCAGUCCUUAGGGAAGGCUCUCAGGAGAAAACAGGCCAGCAGCCGAAGCCCCGUAGGCCCUCCGUUGAGGCCUCUGUCCACAUCUCACAGCUUCCGCAGCACCCUCUGACACCAGCAUUCAUGUCGCCUGGAAAACCAGAGCAUCUCCUGGAGGGGUCCACGUGGCAGCUGGUUGACCCUAUGAGACCUGGACCCUCAAGCUCCUUUGUAGCCCCUGGGCUCCAUCCACAGAGCCAGCCUCCUUCCCAUACCUCCAUCCUUCCCCAUGAGGACCUGCCUGGCAUCCCCAAGGUCUUUGUGCCCCGUUCCUCACAGGUCUCCCUGAAGCCUGCAGAAGAGGCACACAAGAAAGAGAGGAAACCGCAGAAGCCAGGCAAGUACAUCUGCCAAUACUGCAGCCGGCCCUGCGCCAAGCCUAGUGUGCUACAGAAGCACAUCCGCUCGCACACAGGAGAGAGACCCUACCCCUGUGGCCCCUGUGGCUUCUCCUUCAAGACCAAGAGUAACCUCUAUAAGCACAGGAAGUCCCAUGCCCACCGCAUCAAAGCAGGCCUGGCCUCAGGUGCAGGUGGUGAGCUAUUCCCUCCAGGACUGGAGAUGGAAAGGAUUCCUGGGGAGGAGUUUGAGGAGCCCACUGAGGGAGAAAGCACAGACUCUGAAGAAGAAACUGGCACCACAUCUGGCCCCUCCACAGAGGCCUCCCCCAGACCUAAGCACCCACUCCUGUCCAGUGGUUUGUACAGCUCCGGGAGCCACAGCUCCAGCCACGAACGCUGCUCCCUGUCCCAGUCCAGCACAGCAACCUCGCUCGAGGACCCCACCCCAUUUGCAGAACCUUCAUCCGAGCAUCCCAUGAGCCACAAACCUGAAGACACCCACACAAUUAAGCAGAAGCUGGCCCUUCGCCUGAGUGAGAGGAAGAAGGUGAUUGACGAGCAGGCAUUUCUGAGCCCAAGCAGCAAAGGCAGCACUGAGUCUGGGUACUUCUCACGCUCUGAGAGUGCUGAGCAGCAGGUCAGCCCCCCAAACACCAAUGCUAAGUCCUACGCAGAGAUCAUUUUCGGCAAGUGUGGGCGGAUUGGGCAACGGACCACCAUGUUAACAGCCACCUCCACCCAACCCCUGCUGCCCCUGUCUGCUGAAGACAAGCCCAGCCUGGUGCCUUUGUCGGUACCCCGUACACAGGUGAUUGAGCACAUCACGAAGCUCAUCACCAUCAACGAGGCUGUGGUGGACACCAGUGAGAUUGAUAGCGUGAAGCCAAGGAGGAGCUCACUCACCAGGCGCAGCAGCAUGGAGUCUCCCAAGUCUAGCCUCUAUCGGGAGUCCCUGUCAUCCCACAGCGAGAAGACGAAGCCGGAACAAUCACUGCUGAGCUUCCAGCACCCCCUAGCACCCCCCCCUGUGCCUCUCCUGAGAAGCCACUCAAUGCCUUCUGCCACCUGCACUAUCAGCACCCCCCACCACACCUUCCGUGGUAGCUAUUCCUUCGACGACCACAUCACCGACUCCGAGGCCCCGAGCCGCAGCAGUCCCGUGUUUACCUCUCAUCCCCGGAUGCUGAAGCGCCAGCCGGCCAUCGAACUACCUUUGGGAGGUGAAUAUAGUUCCGAGGAGCCUGGACCAAGCAGCAAAGAUGCAGCCUCCAAGCCCUCAGAUGAACCAGAACCCAAGGAAAGUGAAUUGACCAAAAAGACCAAGAAGGGGUUGAAAAUGAAAGGGGUGAUCUAUGAAUGUACCAUCUGUGGUGCUCGGUACAAGAAGAAGGAUAACUACGAAGCCCAUAAAAAGUACUACUGCUCGGAGCUCCAGAUUACAAAGCCCCUCUCUGCAGGUGCUCAUGCAUCUCCUGAAGCUGAAAAGAGUCAGGCAGAGCGUGAGCCAUGGUCCCAGAUGAUGCAUUAUAAACUGGGGGCCACCUUGGAACUCACUCCGCUGAGGAAGAGGAGGAAAGAGAAGAGUCUUGGGGAUGAGGAAGAGCCGUCGGCCUUUGAGUUGACAAAAGGUCAGUUUGGCAGCCCUGGGCCAUCUGACACUACUAGGAACCUUCCCCUGGAGUCCACCAAGUCACCAGCAGAACCAUGUAAAUCAGUGCCCUCUUUGGAGGGACCCACGAGCUUCCAGCCAAGGACUCCCAAGCCAGGGUCUGGGUCAGAUCCAGGGAAAGAGAGGAGAACAAUGUCCAAAGAAAUUUCUGUCAUCCAGCACACCAGCUCCUUUGAGAAAUCUGACCCUCUCGAGCAGCCCAGUGGCCUAGAAGGGGAAGACAAGCCUCUGACCCAGUUCUCAUCCCCACCGCCUGCCCCGCAAGGACGCUCAGCUCACUCCUUGCAGUCUAGGUUGGUCCGCCAGCCUAACAUUCAGGUUCCCGAGAUCCUGGUGACUGAGGAGGCAGACCGGCCAGACACAGAGCCUGAGCCACCUCCAAAGGAGCCCGAGAAGACAGAGGAGUUCCAGUGGCCUCAGCGCAGCCAGACACUUGCCCAACUCCCAGCUGAGAAGCUGCCACCCAAGAAGAAGAGACUGCGUCUGGCAGAGAUGGCCCAGUCAUCAGGGGAGUCCAGUUUUGAGUCAUCCUUGCCUCUGUCUCGGAGCCCGAGCCAGGAAAGCAGUGUUUCUCUGAGCAGCUCCAGCCGCUCAGCCUCAUUCGACAGAGAUGACCAUGGGAAAGCCGAGGCCCCUGGGGCCUCAUUGGACAUACGCUCCAAACCCUUGGGCACCCACAUGCUGACUGUCCCCAGCCACCACCCGCAGGCCCGAGAGAUGCGGAGGUCAGCUUCAGAGCAGAGUCCUAAUGUGUCCCAUUCUGUACACAUGACUGAGACACGCAGCAAAUCAUUUGACUGUGGUAGCUUGUCCUUGUCAGGCACCUCUGCAGGAGCCCCAGCCACUCCAUCGAUCCCACCAGCCCCACCAGCCCCUCCAGAGAGAAGAAAAUGCUUUUUGGUGAGACAGGCCUCUCUGAGCAGACCUCCAGAAACUGAGCCAGAGGCUACCCCCAAGGGAAGGCAGGACAGCGAGGAACCACAGCCCUCUUCUGGAAAACCUUCGGCCAAAAGCUUGGUGUCCCAGAUCUCCUUGGCAGCCACCUCACAUAGUGGGCACCCGGGAGGCAAGACCCAGGUGCAGGACAGGCCCCCACUGGGGUCCACCCCACCCUACACAGAAGCCCUGCAGGUGUUCCAUGCCCCUGUCACUCAACUGCCUCUGCAAGAGAAGCCAUACCCCCCACCUGUCUCCCUCUUCUCCUUCCAGCACCUCUUGCAGCAUGAACCAGGACAGUCUUCAGAAUUCUUCUCCACACAGGCCAUGGCCAGCCUUCUCUCCUCCCCUUAUUCCAUGCCUCCACUCUCUCCCUCCUUAUUCCAAGCCCCGCCACUUCCUCUUCAACCUACUGUUCUGCACCCAGGCCAGCUCCAUCUCCCCCAGCUCCUGCCUCACCCUCCCAAUCCCUUCCGGCAGCCUCCCUCAUUUCUCCCCAUGCCAUGCCCUGCCUCUUCAGCACUUUCUUCUGGUUUUUUCCUGCCUCUGCAAUCCCAGUUUGCGCUGCAGCUCCCUGGCGAUGUGGAAAGUCAUCUGCCCCCAGUCAAAACCAGCCUGGCUCCGCUUGCAGCAGGACCUUCUGGCCCCUCCAUCAGCACAGAGUACAGCAGUGACAUCCGACUGCCUUCUGUGGCUACCCCAGCCAGCUCCUCAGCAUCCACAUCAGCCCCGCUGCUGGCCUUGCCUGCCUGUCCAGACACCAUGGUGUCCCUGGUUGUGCCCGUCCGCAUUCAGACCAACAUGCCGUCCUAUGGGAGUGCGAUGUACACCACCCUUUCUCAAAUCUUGGUCACCCAGUCCCAAGGCAGCUCAACAAGUGUGGCUCUUCCCAAGUGUGAGGAGCCCCCAUCUAAAGCUAUGUAUGAGGCUGAACCUGGACCAUCUGGCCUAAGUGAAGAGCAGGGCAAAGGUUUCCAGACUCCAUACCUGAGAGUGCCUGUGACAUUACCUGAAAGGAAAGACACCUCCCUGUCACCAGAGGGUGUCCUGAGCCUGGAGGGGUGCUCAUCCACAGCUGGAGGAAGCAAGCGUGUCCUUUCCCCAGCAGGCAGCCUUGAACUUACCAUGGAAACCCAGCAACAAAAAAGGGUGAAGGAAGAGGAGGUUUCCAAGGUUGAUGAGAAACUGGAGCUGGUGAAACCAUGCAGUGUGGUGCUGACCAAUACCGAGGACGGAAAGAGGACAGAGAAAUCCCACUUGGGCAGCCAGGGCCGGGGCAGGAGGGAGUCAGAAACCCUGUCCAGCCUGUCCCCAGAUCCAUCUGACCCAAAGGAAAUUCCUCCCCUCCCUCAUCCCACAUUACUACAUGGGUCAACCCCUGGAUCAGAAGCUUUGAAGGAGUAUGUCCAACCACCUGGCAAAUCUUACCGAAGAGGGCUGUCCCCACUAAGCAUGAAGAAAGAAGAUUCAAAGGAACAACUCGAUCUCCCUCCCCUGGCACCUCCCAGCUCUCUGCCUCUGUCAGAAACAUCCCGCAGACCAGCCAAGUCACAAGAAGGUACGGACUCAAAGAAGGUACUGCAGUUCCCCAGCCUCCACACGACCACUAAUGUCAGUUGGUGCUAUUUAAACUACAUUAAGCCAAAUCACAUCCAGCAUGCAGAUAGGAGGUCCUCUGUUUACGCUGGUUGGUGCAUAAGUUUGUACAACCCCAACCUUCCGGGGAUUUCCACUAAAGCUGCUUUGUCCCUCCUGAGGUCUAAGCAGAAGGUGAGCAAAGAGACAUACACCAUGGCCACAGCUCCGCAUCCUGAAGCAGGAAGGCUGGUGCCAUCCAGCUCCCGCAAGCCCCGCAUGACAGAGGUGCACCUCCCAUCGCUGGUUUCCCCGGAAGGCCCGAAAGACAUAGCUAGAGUGGAGAAGGAAGAGGAGAAGCGAGGGAAGCCAGAGGAGGAUGCGCCUGCCUCCAAGAGAGGGGAGCCGACGAGGGUCAAAAUCUUCGAAGGAGGGUACAAAUCAAACGAAGAGUAUGUAUAUGUGCGAGGCCGCGGUCGAGGGAAAUAUGUUUGUGAGGAGUGUGGAAUUCGCUGCAAGAAGCCCAGCAUGCUGAAGAAACACAUCCGCACCCACACUGACGUCCGGCCCUAUGUGUGCAAGCACUGUCACUUUGCUUUUAAAACCAAAGGGAAUCUGACUAAGCACAUGAAGUCGAAAGCCCACAGCAAAAAGUGCCAAGAGACAGGGGUGCUGGAGGAGCUGGAAGCCGAAGAAGGAACCAGUGAUGACAUGUUCCAGGACUCAGAAGGGCGAGAGGGCUCCGAGGCUGUGGAGGAGCACCAGUUUUCUGACCUUGAGGACUCUGACUCAGACUCGGACCUGGACGAAGAUGAAGAAGAGGAUGAGGAGGAGAGUCAGGAUGAGUUGUCUGGGCCAUCCUCAGAGGCACCCCCGCCCAGGCCACCAGCCACACUUCGGGAAGACUCCUCUCCUGUUCGGGGCCCUCAGUCCUCAAAUGCCACCUCUGACAAUGAGGCCACACGAGGCAGCUCGGUCUCAGAAGCCGAGUACUUGACAGCCAGCAGUUGUUCCACAUCUAGCCAGAGCAUCCCAUGCCUUCCCUGGCUGGGACUGGCCCCGUUGGGCCUUGUGGAGAAGGACACAAGCUCAGCCCUGAGCUCCAAGGCUAUGUCUCCUAGCAGGUCAUGGUCCCCAAGCAAAGAAGCAGGAAGCCACACACCAUUCACUCGCAAACACUCACUCACCAAAACCGACUCAUCUCCCCAACGAUGUUCACCGGCCCAAGAACCACAGGCCUCCCUCAUGAGCAUGCCUGGCCUCCAGACAGGCCUGGGAAGGGACAUGGGUCCUCCUCCUUGUGGGUCUCCAAGACUGGAUCUGUGUCCUCCCACUACCCACCCCGUGGGAAGAGAAGUACCCCCUCAAGCGCAUCAACCCCCCAAACUCGAGGGUGCCACAGACCCAUGCGCUCCCAGAUACUCGCCCACCAGGAGAUGGUCUCCGGGUCAGGCCGGGUCACCACCACAGUCAGCGCUGCCAGGGAAGUGGGCCCUGGCUGGGCCAAGCAGCUCCUCAGCGGGUGAGCACGGCCCAGGGUUGGGGCCAGCUCCGCGGGCUUUCUUCCUGCCCGCGCCUCUACCUCACAAGCUUCUUGGCAGAAGCCCCGAGACCUGCGCCUCCUCAUGGCAGAAGGCCGAGUCCCGAAGUCCAUCCUGCUCACCUGGCCCUGCUCAUCCUUUCUCCUCUCGACCCUUCUUCUCCACUCCCCAUGACUUCCAUGGUCACAUCCUGGCCCGGACAGAGGAGAACGUCUUCAGCCACUUGCCUCUGCAUUCCCAGCACCUGACUCGCUCCCUGUGCCCCUUGAUUCCCAUCGGUGGGAUCCAGAUGGUGCAGACCCGGCCAGGGGCCCAUCCCACUCUGCUCCCAGGACCCUCUGCAUCCUGGAUCAGUGGUUUCUCAGGGGGAGGCAGCGAUCUGACAGGAGCCCGGGAGGCCCAAGAGCGAGGCCGCUGGAGUCCCACUGAAAGCUCAUCAGCCUCCGUGUCCCCUGUGGCUAAGGUCUCAAAGUUCACACUGUCUUCGGAGCUGGAAGGCAGAAACGACCCUAAGGAGAAGGAAAGGACAGGCAGAGGCCCAGGAAGACCUCCUGACUGGGAGCCCCAUAGGGCUAAGGUGCCCAUGGAGCCCACGCCCGCACACAGUCCCUGUACCUCACAGCUGCCCCAGGGCCACCAAGUGGCACAGUCCUGGAGCCCCCGCUUGGAGUCAUCUCACACACUGGCCAACCCUGAAGCCUCUGCCUCCCCUCCACUGGACCGCAGCAACUCCAUGGGCUGCCUGGCAGAUGCCUCCACUCGCUUCCCAGCCCGGAGGAGGAACCUCUCUGGGGAACCCAGGACCAGGCAAAGCUCCCCUGAGCCCUCAGGUAGUGGGGAGCCCAGGGUACCUCCACCCCCACCCAAGGACAGGGGUCCCCCAAGCACUUAGCCUCUCUCCAGCUGCUUCAGCAUCUGGCUUCCAGUGCUCGGCAACAGACGUUUCCAGCCAACUUCCUCGAGCCAUUGUGCUCCCAUGAGCUCCCUCUCCC